CCCGAUCGGUUCUCCUCCUCUUUUUCAACGUCUUUCUUCUCCGCCCAGCGUGGAAAGCGAAAGGUAAAGGUUGGCUUGCAAAGCUGCCGAAGCGGCCUCUCCGAAUCCAUGGCUCGCCAGAAGAAACCCUAACCCAGCACUGCUCUUUCUUUCACUGUCUCUUUCGUCAUUUGCAACAAUGGCGGAUCGCGGAGUGCAGGGAUCAGUCUCCGCCGGACGCCGUGGCCCCAUCCUCCGCCGGACAUGGUGCUGCUCUUUCUCUUCCUCGCCCCGCAGUCCCGAACACCUCCGGCGGUCCCGAUCCUCCCCCAGUGGCGACCUGCGCCCCUCCUUGAAGCCCCGACACAAACCUCGCAACGCGGGUUCCUUCCACAGCUCCCCUUCCCCCAGCAGCAAGCUCGGACUCGGCAUCAUUGACCCUCGCCGCAUCCUCUCGCCGGGCAGGGUCUCUCCCAUUGACUCUGAAGCCCCCCUUGGCCCCCUUCCGGUGAUUGCGGACUCCACAUCUUUCUCCACGGUGGCCGCUGAGUCGGAGCCUGAAUCUCCAGAUCCGCCGCCAAAGGAGCGGCCUUUGGUUCCAGAUACGAUGGAUACACACCCUCGGAGUUGGGUAAGACAGAAAUCUUCGGACAUGAGGCUUUACUUGAAAGGCAAAGAUGAAAAAUGCUUUCUUCUGGAGCUGGAUUCGAGGGUUCUGUGCGAAAGCAGCCCUUUUUUUGCAGCUAUGAUCGUGGGCUCUAGUCUGGAAGUCUCGGAUACUCAGUCUACGAAGAUUGAGGUUACUGGUAUAGAGGAUGUGGAUGCAUUUAAGGAGACAAUUGAGCUGAUGUAUGCCAAGGAUGCUACAAGUUGGCUCGUGAAGGCAGGGGUCUCCCGAGCAAUUGAUAUUUUAGAGGUAUGCACAACAAUUAUGUUUGACAGAGGUAUCAGGUUCUGUCUCAGUUAUAUUGAGGCUGUUCCAUGGACUGAAGCUGAGGAAGAGAAGUUGAAGAGGUUGUUCACAAGGUGUAAAUUUGAUGAGGCAGUGCGCCGAGAAGUAUUAUCCCGAUUGGAUCCACAAGAUUGCAACUACUCAGGUGAUCUUGCACUACGGCUGAUUCAAUCCGUCACAAAUGCAACAAACAGUAGUGCAAGAAAGGAGAUGACGUCUUUAGUGAAUAGCAUUCUGUCAAAGAGCUCAAUUUACCAAAAGGACUCUGUGGGGCUUAACAAGGACAACCUAUCUGAUAUUUGCCUUUCCUGUUUAGAUUCCUUGGUGAAUCUCUUUGAAGAUGCCUUAAACUCAAUUCCUAUCGAGCAAACUAUAACCAGGAAAGAAACCAAGCCUCUGAUCGAAAGGGUCUCUAGGCAAGUUGAAAAUCUUAAUUGGCUGCUAGAAAUUCUGAUAGACAAGGAGAUGGCAGAAGAGUUUGUGAGUUUAUGGGCCAACCAAGAGAAACUAGUCAGUUUACAUGAGCGAGCUUCACCCAUGGUGAGAUACGAACUCAGUCGGAUAUCAGCAAGUGUGUUCAUUGCACUCGGCAGGAGGAGGUUGCAAUGUCCAGCUGGGAUCAGAUUCAGCAUUCUCCGAUCAUGGUUUAAACCUAUGCUACUUGAUUUCGGCUGGCUACAACGUUGCUCGAAAGGGCUGGAUAUGAGGAUGCUGGAGGAAAGCCUAGGCCAAGUUAUUCUUACACUGACGCUGAAGCAACAGCAGGUUUUAUUUGAGGAAUGGUUCCGCUGCUUUGCCAGGCAUGGCAAUGAAUGUCCAGAUUUGAGCAAGGCUUUUCAGGUAUGGUGGCGAAGAUCAUUUGUAAGAACCUCAGAAGCGACGAGAUGAUUUCUUCUUAUUAACGACUUCACGAGUGUUUGUGUGGUGUAAGUAUAUCGUAGACAAACUUGUGGUAGAAUUGUAUAAUGUAUUGUUUGAGGUAGUAAGAUAGAAUUGUAGACAAACUUAUAUAUAUAAUCUUAUUUUUGUUGCUUUGGUUUGA